AUGGAGCAGUUUGUCCCACUCACCUUCAAUGAGAAAUCAAUAGCUGGUUUACGAGAGAACUACAACCUUAGCAUAGGGCAGUUUCAAGCAUCGAAUUCGGUGAACAAAGAGGCGUUUUAUCAGACCAAGUUUCAGCUCGCGCAUGCGCUCAUCCUCUCCGAAAAUCUUGAUGAUAUCAACGAAGGGAUCGAUUUCCUCAAACAACUCAUACGCGAGCAUGAGAAUAUGACGGCGAAUCGCGACUACGCGUAUUUCAUCGCCAUCGGCCUCCUGCGUCAGAAGAAGUACGAGGAGUGUAUGCCCUCAACAAAAGUGCCAAAGGUCCUCUCAAGCACGCACAUCCUGCUGGCCUUGGGAUCCUUGGGCCUUUGCAUCGCCUGGGUCAUCAAAAAUUACUCUGGCUUCACGCUCGACAAUGGAACUUAUCAUUUUCUUCUUAUGACGCUGUUCAUUAUCUUUACUUCUGUUGGUGCUACUUCCUUCCGAGUCUUUACCUUUGUUUCUCGUCCUGUGGCCAAGCUUAUUCAUGCUGCCUGUCUCACAGCAGCUUUUAUCAUCGCUUCAGUCGGUUUAUGGACGAUAUUCAAAUUCCACAACGACAAGGACAUCCCAAACAUGUACACUCUCCACUCCUGGCUUGGUCUUACUUUCGUCAUUCUCUUCGGUCUCCAGCUUAUGGGUGGCUUGUUUUCCUUCCUCUUUCCUCUCGUGAGUCCAGCGUUCAGGACAAAGAUUCUCCCUGUCCAUCGUGCCAGCGGAAUCAUCCUCCUCGCUGGAAUCGCUGGAAUCGCCAUGGUCGGCAUCAACGAAAAGCUCGUGUUUGAAGUUGGAAAAUACAAGCUCAAAGACGCAUUUGGAAUCAUUCCAAACGUUUUUGGACUAAUUCUGUUCCUCUUCGCCUGCGUGGGAACAUUCAUUCUGGCCCGACCCGAGUACAAACGCGAAGAGAAUAGAAGACAAGGUUUAGAAAUGCAAUAA